GCUAGGCAUCAGCUGUUUAUGGUAGUUUGUUAUUAAACGUUAAAUGUGAACAAGUGCGACGUGAUUCUCCAGUGAAAUAACAUACGUGAAAUUAAAAUAUUAUUGAAAAUCAAAUAAGAAAGAGCUCUUUCUCACGGGUCAACACCUGUUGCGGCAAUUCUUAGUUUAUAGGGAGGAGGCGAAUUUGACAUUUUAUAAUUAAUUUUUUGUGUGUAAUUUUCAAACACAUAUAGAAAUAUGCAUAAUACAAUUAAAAUAUGUUAGAAAAUAGAGAAUAACGAUAAAAUUAGUUAAUGAAAUAUAUUUUUUGUUUGGAAACGAUGCGUACAGUUCAGAAAAUAAUAUGAAAAAUAAUGAACACGAACACACGAACUGAGUUGUCGAACACAAAUUGCUCGUGUGAACGCAAUGGGCGACAGUAAAAGAGAAUCGCUCGAGAAUUUGCAACAGGAGUUGUCCAGUGUGAAAUCGCACAAACCGAACUUUGUAGGGAUGAGACACACGUAACGGGUAAAGUUACGCAUACGUGAAGUGUUCGUGCGCUCACUGGAAUAUUGUCAUGGUGAUGUGCCAACGCAGGCAAAUUACGAGUACGACAAGAGAGUGCGAUUAUUGCGCAAAUCGGAGUAAUACUCAUUUGAAGUUACGAUACUGCGGUAGUGGACUCGCGUUACGAAGACAACUGACUGAGUUGAUGUAGAACCGGGAACGCGUACACAUGUACUCUCGCAACGAUGCGUUGCAGCUUAAAGUAGAGAGCAAGAGGAUAAUAAAUAAAUAAUAACCAUAAUCAUAAUAAACAUAAUAAAAAGUAUGAAAGUGCGCUCUAUGAGUUGAAUAAGAGGAAGCGAAAGUAACGCAUGUAAAUCUAAUGUAAGCAUAAAAAGUGAAAAGUAAGUGGUAAAGUGUAAUAAGUAACUUUACGCAGCUUCUAGAGCAGCCAAAUAGCGAAAGUACUGUGAAAUACAGUUUAUACAGCGAGAAUAUCCGUAAUCCAGUUGGUGCAGUGACCCGCAAAAUUAUGUAGAAAAGUAGUGACAAAUCAUAAAAGAAUUGUGAAAAAACGAAAGGGAGUGUAAUAAAAUUUUGUAAUUGCAGAAAUUCGCUUGAAUGAGACAGGUGCCUUUGCCGUUGAAACGGAGCUGCACACAAGCUUAAAUGCAUAUAUUCGAAUACAAAAAUUUAACUCGCUGAGUGGAAGGCAAAAUUCUAAGCGAAACGAGAAGUGCUGAAAUUGCAAAACAAAUCUAGUAAAACGGCUAUAAAGCGAAAGCAACAAGAGUGGAUAUAGAACAGCUACAGACGCAAGCAGCGUAGCUCUUUAAUUAAGGCUGGUAAUCUUCGUCGCAUACUCGCGCACUUGCCAAACAAAUAUUUUCACUUAAAAGCCACACACAAUCAUCUGCAAAUACAUAUAUGCAUGUAUAACAUCUACGCGCACUUAAGGCGAGUGGAGUGUAUCAGCUUUUAGGCGCAGCCACCAAGAAUAACAAACAUUGCAGGCGUUGAAACAGCACGGAGUAAAGGAAGUAGGAGAAUUUCCAGCAUCAACGCUAAAAAACGUUUCCGCACGCUGUUGUUGUUGUAACAACCGACUGGAGACGACAGCUUAUUGGCACAGUUUAAAGCAUCCAGAGGCGGCUGAGACAGCCGUGUGCCAAGUAGGCAUUGACUUUGCGAGACAGCAGCAAACCUUGCGGCAUGUUGUAAGCAUACGUGAUAUCGAUACACCCAGCAAUAACCGAAGUAAAUGCAGUAAAGUUGAAGGAUUUUUGGUGCUGAGUAAACACACAUACAUACUCUUGGCAGUGACUAUAGAGUAGUCGCUAGUCGCUGCUACAAUAGUUGUAUUAAAGCCGAUACCGAGUGCAGCAGCAUUGUGCAAAUACACCCACUUACAUAUGUACAUAUAUGUGUGUGUAAAUACAUUUUAAAUCUGACGUGUUUCAGUUGCAUACUUCACCAAAGUGAGUGUGUUUGUGUGUGCGAACGGCACUCGUACGAGUUGCAACACCGUUGACGCCGCUUUGAACUUCGACAAGCUUCAACGCUGUACAGCCAACAAGGUCCUGUGGCGUGCCGUUCUACGACAGUUGCCAAUUAGUUGCCUGCCGGUGCAAGCGUAUAAAAUUUUGGUGAAACUGGCGCUUGAUUAUAGUAAUUAUGAAAUUAUUUAAACGUAAAUUAUUUAAUUAAAUUUGCCGUUAGUUUAACCAAAUCACUGUGAGUUGUGUUAAUACUGAAAGUGCUGUCUGUUGCUUGUCGUACGUGUAAAAUUUGAUUUGUGAAUUAUAAAAUAAAAAAAAUAAAUAAAAAAUAAAAACGUUACGUAAACGAGCCGGAUAAUCGCUAUAGACUGCAACGCAUUCAAUAUUGCCGCAUACACAAGUCGCAAAUCUACCGUUAUUGCCGCCACAAACCACAAUUCGGUCGGUGGCUGACCUACUGCGUUCGCCUGCACCCAAACAACUACCACAACAAAUAAACAAAAGCAACACAAUCGACCGCCGCCGAGAACUCGUUCAAAGGCGCCUGACAUCAUCUGCCGCGUCGUACCCAACGUCCGCAGCAUCGUCUCAAGAUGACCACAGAUUUGUUGUUCCCGAAAAUUUCGGAUUGCUCAUACGUCUCGUGUUACUGCGAGGAGAAUGUUUGGAAACUUUGUGAACAAGUGAAGAAAACACGCUUCGAUGAACUUUCCAAGUGCUACGCGGUGUUCGUGUCAAAUGAGGGGCGUACGGUGCCGCUAUGGCGCCAAAAAGCAGGACGUGGCGAUGAUCAGGUCGUGAUAUGGGAUUACCACGUCUUCUUUAUGCACAAUCCAUCACCCAAUCGGUGCUUGGUGUUUGACUUGGACACGACGCUACCUUUUCCCACAUAUUUUCACAAGUACGUAACAGAAACGUUUCGCUCGGAUCUUGCGCUGAGACCGGAACAUCAUAGGUACUUCAGAGUCAUACCUGCAGAAACAUAUCUAAGUGAAUUCUCUUCCGACCGGCGCCACAUGCGAAGGCCAGAUGGCAGUUGGAUAAAGCCACCGCCGUCAUACCCGCCCAUACAGUCAAGCAGCAAUGCGCAUAGCUUGGGCGACUUUAUCUGUAUGAAUGCGGGUAAAGGGCCCGGCACCGUGUACAGCCUCUCGGAAUUCGUGCAGAACUUCUACAAGGCGCCGAAUGUGGUGGCGCAGCAGAACAACAAAUAAUAUCAGCAGUGCUGAGCAGCUAUCAAUGAAGUGCCAGUUAAGUUAACGAGCCGACAGUAACGCCAAAACGCCGCAUGUGCACUUGUAGUGGAAAAAUAAAAAAACGAAAGAGUUGCAACUGGAUCAGAUGUUUACGCUUAGAUGAAUUAUUUAAUAGCAAUAGGGAGGGCAUUGAGGGUCUGCCAAGGUUUUACCAGCGGCAUUGAGGUGUUAAAGGUCAAAUCAAUAACAACAACAACGGCAGGAUAUAUACCAAUAAAUAGAGUAGCAUGAAUAAGUUAUCGCUAGUUUGCGAAGUCAGCUCAACCGGCCAUCAAGGUAACCAUAUUAUUGUCAGCAGAAAUUGUCGUCAAUGUUGCACUCAAAUUGCUCACUUGCACUCGACGAACUUAUGGCGUUCAGGCCAUGCUGCAAAUGCCACUUAAUUUGCAUACAAUACAAAAACACCUUUAGAUUUAGCCGAGCACAGUUGUUAAGCUUUUACGACUCUAGGAACCAUCAACAAGCAUCGAUUUGGCCUUUCGAUUCCUUUCGACAGCCGAUACUUCUAUUAUUCGCAGUAGGUACAUAAGCACUCCCACCGCCGACCCUUGCAGCUCGCAACUCCAAAAUGCUUUGCCAGCAUUCCGUAAUAAAUACUUGGCAAGUAUGCGCUAUGCCGAUGAAUAUUCCAACUUUUAUGCAUGAUAUUCUAUACGUUGUUGUUGUUGUUAGUUGGUUGGCCGUAUUUAUAACCAAGCAUCAUUGCUCAUUGCUGGAAUUGUGA